AUGUCAAACACAGUCGAAGAGUUCAGGGAACUCAUCAAAGAACGACAGGAGGACCAGAGCUUGGACAUCCAGAUGGCCAAGCAAAGCCGCCCUACCACCCCUAUCCCAGGAAUCCUCCCUACCCAAACCACCAAGGCCCACGAAACAAUUGCAAUCACCGAACUCCUGGUAAUGAUUCUUCUCCAUCUACCGUUCGAAAGUCUCUUGCAUUCCCAGCAAGUCUGCCGAUACUUUAAGGCCGUAAUCGAAGAGUCCCGAGAACUCCGCCGGGCCCUAUUCCUGGAACCUCCACGGGAGUCAUGUCUGGAACAGCCCAAGCUUCAUCCAUUCUUAAGCCGGGUGCUGUGCCCCGGAACCAUGUGCGACGCUCCCCCUGCAUCUCUGUACCAAACGGGAUCGCUUAUCGAUCACCCCUGGUACCGAUCCAAGGACCUUCGACGAGCCAUUACCUACGAAAAGGCCUCCUGGCGUCGGAUGUUCCCAUCCAACAUCCCCUGUUCCGUCAGGGAGGCGACGAUCGCCCCAUCCCGGACGGAGGAAACAAGCUGGCUUGCAGCAAGAGCAGAUAUACGUGAGGGGUUUGAAGCCGUGACCCUCGAAUGCCUGUGGGAUAUUGUGGUGGCGUAUCUUGCAUACUGGAGGAGUGAUAAGUUUGAGGUCACUUGGGCUCUUGCGGAUGGGCCGAACAUGCGGUCUUGGAAGGUUUCGAUCGGUGAGCCGGAGGAUAUUCCUUCGCCGACUGCAUCUAUUAAUGGAGAACCCUAUAUGGAUUUAUCGAAGAGAACGUUGCAGGAGUUUUUGGAUGAGGAUCCGUGCCGAUGCGUUGAUUUGGUGAAAAGUGAGGUUAACGAGUGGCCCACUCUGGUUGAGUGGUGA